AAACAAACUAUGACAAUGACGCACGGGUCGGAGGGCAGACAGAUAACAAGACUUAAACCUCCUACAUUAAUACACUCACUUGUUAUUACUAAGAUUAACAAAGAGACGUGUAGUGAGCAUUCAACAAUGAACCAAAUAAAAAGAUACGCAAUAUUAACUAUACUAUCUGUGUUAAUAGUUGAAAAUCACGGCGGACUACUGAACAAUGUUUUUGGUACAUUACACAACACCACACACGAUGUAGCUACAGGCGUUGGUAACAUACUAUCGUUUGGAAAAGGUAUAGUUUUGGGAAACCGUGAAACACAUGGAAACGAGGUCGUCGGUGAGAAGAAAGGUAUAGUUACUGGUAUAAUAGAUACAGUGCAUCAAGGCGUCCACGACAUACAUCAAGGAAUACGCAAUGUCAUACUAGGUGAAGACAAAAAUAAUACAAAAGGAAUCAUCGAAAACGUAUACGACAAAGUGAAGAAUAAAUUUGUGAAAGUGAAAGAAUUCUUAGGAGACGGUGAGAAGCGCAAGGAAAUGAUACAUAAUUCCCGCGAUCACGUAGUGGACACGUAUAAAAAUUUAAACCAGCUCAUAUUCGGUAACGAUACUAAGAAACACGGUUCUAAAUUAACAGAGGUCAUGAACCAUUUUAAAGAUAAAAUCAAUUUAGUAGUACACCAUACUAGUACAGAAAAGCCUCAACCUGACAAAGGCGAGGAUAUAAACACAGACGGAACUGGUCUGAUUGACAUAAGGAUGGCUUCUGACAACCUCGCGAGGAAUCUGGAUGAAGAUAUGGCUAAAACUACAAAAAGAUUCCAUCAAGGGCUAGAUGAGUUAAAUAAUAAUGCAAUCAGGAAUAGAAACUAUAUAGAAAAAAUUGCGAAGGAAGCUAUGGAUAAAGAAAAGGAAUUAAUGGAAGCUAGUAAGAAGAAGACUGAAGAGGGCGCUAUAGUGUUUAAAGAUUAGACAUUUAUUAAUGGUAGAAGAACGACAAUUAGCCUUAUGUUUGAAUAUAAAAUGUGAUUGA